AUGACAUCACCCCUUGAAUACCUCACUGACCUCGAAGGGAUUGAGAUCACGCUUGGUGCUGUUGCUGAAGAGUCGUUACACUUCCCUGCACAGACCUAG